GGCCGUGGAAGAAGAGGGGACGGGCGAGGACGAAAACCUAGCAAAUAAUUUAUGGUCGCCUAAUCUGGGACACAGGAAAGACGAAAUGGCUCAGCCUAAGAUCACCAAAGCACCAAACAGGGACCAGUUUUCACUGGAAAAAAUAGAAGCUGAUGUGUUGAACUUGACGAUAUACGUUCACGAAUUUCAUAAUAAGUUAAAGAAAUUGUACAAGAACAUUUCUGCAAAGGAUACUAGUAAGCUUUUUGUGGAAUACUGCACUGACGCUAUCGACAGCUGUGAAAGCUACCGGCGGCCCUACAAACCAGAGAAACCAGAAGUUCGAGUCGCCGCGGACAAGACUUCGCAGACCAUCAUUGAACGGCUGGAGAGGCAAAACCGGAAGUUAGAUGCUGAGUUGAGGGAGGCGAUCCAGGCGAAGGAUCGAGCGCUCAAUAGACUGAGCGAGUUGCAGUCACGAGUGCUAAAGCAAGGAAACCCGGAUAUAACGGACCUCUCGGACGAAAACCGCCCGACAAACCUGGGAACGGAGUUCAAGAAGUUGUAUGAGGACGAGUGGACAGACGCCUUCAGCUUUCUUACUGACAGUAAAGGCGUGGAAGACGAGAAAGGGAUUGAAAUACUGCUCAAAUUACUGAAGGGCAGUAACUCCCUGUGUGAGGAGGCGUCGGCGGACAUGAGGUCAAGUAUGGAGAGGGUUGUGACAGAUCCGGCCUACCUCACUCCAAGCAAACCUCGGGCUCAGGCGACAGAUGAUGACUCGGGGCCUACUCUAAGCGCACCUGCCAUGUCCCGGGGUGGAGAUGACCCUAAGACCGGCCAGUCACAAGUUACUCGAAUAAAUGUCGGACAAAACGCUGCUGGGAAUCCUUCGACAAAUGCCGUGGGUCAGCAGAAACAGCAACAACAGCAGCAGCAGCAGCAACAGCAGCAGCAAAAACAACAACAACAACAACAACAGCAACAACAAAAGAAGCAGACACAACAGCAACCAGAUGGACACAAUGAAAUGCGCAAGGGCGCAGGGAUCAGAUCAACGUUAGAAAUUCCCAUUCGAGAUUUUUGCAAAUAUUCUGCGGCGGAGGUGCUAAAGAACGUUGAUUUAGAGUCUAUUGUUCCGAAAAUCAUUCGGGACCUAAAGUUUAAAGAGGCCCAUCUGAAUCACAAGGAUAUAGCCAACUUUGUGGUCCAAUGUCUGCGGCUUUGUUGGUUGAUGCAGGCCCAGUACCCGCCGAUGGUGUUGGAUUUCUCCUUCCGGUCCGGUGACGUCUUCAACACGGACGCAUUGGCCGCCUACUCCACGCGCGGGCCUACCAUCGCGUUCCUGGUCUGGCCUCCGCUGCGCUUACACAAGGACGGGCCUCUCGUCUGUAAAGGAUACGCAGAGGGGUUAAAGAAAAAGGCAUGACAUCAUUGGCGAGAACAUGAUUAUAAACAACAUUUUAAUGAAUUAAUUCAAACUACCCUAUUCCUUAUCCAAUGUCACAAUGUGAAUUACUAAAUCAUCAUUUGGUUCGUCGAACGUAUCCUUCCCAUUUUAUGAAAUCCCCAAAGCUUCUGAUCAUAUAAUAUUUACGUAUUGCAGUGUUGUAACCUUAUAUUGUUGUGCUGCUGACAAUUAUCUCCACUUAUUUUUAUCUUGUGUAACCAUUAUUAUAUUCCCUUUGGUAUAUCAA